UAACAUUUCAAAUUUUUAAAAAAUUCUUCAUAACUGAUAGGUUAUAUGUGAUUGACGAUCAAAUGCUUUAUUCUUAAUUAGGAGUGUGCUAAUGGAAAAACCCAACUUCCACUCCUCUUGUGUUAUUAAUCAUGAAUUAUCUGAUGUGGUGUAAUUUAAAUCUCACCACAAAGGAAAAUGUUUAUUGGAUAUUGAAUUCAACUCUAAUUUAUUGGUUAAAAAGUACUGUAGAGCAGAUGAUCUUCUAUUUAUCUUGACAGUUUUUGAAUAUUGUGAUAAUAUUGAGUUGAUCCUCGUCAUUGAGCCUAUUGAAAUCUGAAGAUAUAUUGUUUGUCUCUUGAAAAAUAUGCAGUGUGAAUCUUCUGAACCUUCGAAGACUUGGUUAGGAACUGGAAUAUCGGAACUGUGCAAAGGAAAGGGGCGAUGGAGCUUCAGUGUGAAUCCUAUUAAUAUUUCAAAAUAUCAUGCUGUGCUAUUUAACCUUCCUGUUACUUUAAAAGAACCUCCAAAACCUCAUCGUAGUUCAGAUCCACAUCACUGGGAUGAUGACCAUGUUCACAUGCCUUAUUCCGAAAAAAGUUUGUUUCCCAUUACUGAAAAUGGCAAGGAUGUGAUCAAAUUACGGUGGGAUAUUAUCAGGGAGAACUUGUCAAAACCUAUUAGUAACACUAGCGAACUUGAUGCAGCCAUAAGAUCAUAUAACAGUUCAUUGCCCAAGUUCACUGCCCUUCAUCACUUUUUGGAAGAGGUUGCGGAAGAAGAAGAAAAUGAGUACUUUUUCACAAAUAUUCUACCAAAAAUAAUAAAACUGGCCCUGAAGCUACCAGAACUAAUACCCGGUAGUCUUCCUCUUUUGAAGAAGGGCCACAAUAGAUCAGUCAGUUUAUCUCAACUGCAGAUAGCCUCUUUGCUUGCAAAUGGAUUCCUCUGUACGUUUCCAUGGAGGAAAGAAGUUGCAUGUACCUAUCCAGGAGUAAACUUUGUUAGACUAUUUUCAGCUCACGAUAGACCAGAAAGACAAACUUGUGUUGACGAAAAAUUGAAAUGCAUCGUACAUUACUUCAAAAGAGUCACUUCUACAAGUCCGGUGGGAGUUGUUACAUUUGAAAGAAAAUUUAUACCAAAAUCAAGCAUGCCUCGGUGGGAUACUCUGAGAAACAAUAUAGCAAAUUCAAAAGUUUAUAUAAAUAGUUCUGGAACAAUUGAAGAUGAUGGACUAGGAUUUCUACAGGUUGAUUUCGCCAAUAGAAACGUAGGAGGGGGAGUCUUGGGUUACGGUUGCGUUCAGGAAGAAAUUCGUUUCAUCAUCUGUCCAGAGUUGAUUGUUAGUAGAUUAUUUGUUGAACAAUUAGGUGAUCAAGAGGCAGUGAUAGUAACUGGUGUCGAACGAUUCAGCAAUUACUCGGGAUAUGGUGAGUCUUUCCAGUGGAAAGGUAAUGUUAUAGACGAUACACCCCAUGAUGAAUAUGGCCGAAGAAGAACAUCCAUUUGUAUAAUUGAUGCUACUCAUUUCAAUAAGCCUAAGGAUCAGUUUCACCCUUCUGCCAUGUUGAGGGAAUUGAACAAAGCCUACGUAGGAUUCCACUCCAGAGAAAAAGUCAACUUAGCUCCUGUUGCUACGGGAAAUUGGGGUUGUGGAGCAUUUCGUGGCAAUUCCUCUCUAAAAACAGUCCUGCAGUUGAUGGCUUGCUGCGCCGCUGAAAGAGAUAUGGUUUACUAUUCAUUUGGAAAUGAAGAGUUACGAGAUGAGUUCUACGAGAUGUAUUUGUUUUUGAUCAAUAACAAUAUAAUCAUCAGUCAGCUCUGGAGGUUUUUAUCUGGAUUCGUAUCAACAGGCGCUCCAGAAAAGAACUUGUAUCCAUUUAUCCAACAGGCAUAUUUUGACAGUAAAAAACAACCUUCGAUAAAAUCUUUCUUCUUUCCCAAAAAAGAAGUUACUGUCAAAAAUGUUUUGUCGGGUAAAAAAUUCCAAGAUAAACCUUCCACAUCAUCCAGUAAAGUCAAAAGCAGUAAGUCUGAUUCGGAACUGAAAAUGGAAGAAGGUUAUGAUUCGUAUGAGGAUGUUAUACCAGCAACUCCACCAUCUUUCAAACUUAAAAAGAAAGUAAAAAAAGAUCCCCAACUUACCAAUGAGGAAAUUUUAGAAAGGUUACCUAAAGCUAAUGUCGCGGAUUUAAUUGAUGAAAUAGAUGGGGGAAUUAUUAACAAUGGAAAAGAGAGAGUAACUGAAGAAACGCUUCUAUCCAGCAUAGACAAAUUGUCUAGGAAAAACAAAAAUUCCAAAUCAUCAGAAGAUAUGGAUAUAGAUUUGCUUUUCUCGAAAUAACUUUCAGCAGAUCUCUAGAUUUUUGACCUCGUGUUCCCUCAUGGGGAUACUCAUCAAUAUUGUGAAAUCGAUUUAAGAAGAAUUUUCUGUCGAAAUGAAAAGAAAGAUUCGGGUGGAGAUUCACUAAAGAUACAUACAAAAUAUUUUGAAUUGAAAUAUCUUUUAUAGUAAAGUUCUAUUUAUUUUA